AUGAAUAUACGUCUCUUUCUUUCUAUUUUAUUUCUUUCUUUCUUUCUUUGGAACAGGCAUCCUUCUUCUGUCCUUUUCUUUUAUUCAACGCCUCUUUUUCUUUCCUUUCUCUUCCUUUUGAAUAGCUCAUUUUUAAUUUCUUUCUUUAUUUCUUUCUUUCUUUUCUUUUUUUCUAUUUAUUCAGUCAUUUUUAUUUUCUUUUUCUUUCUUUCUUUCUUUCUUUCUUUCUUUCUUUCUUUUCUAAUUUAUUCUUAUCCCACCUUUUCUCCUUUAUCUUUCCUUCUUUCUUUUUACAUAUUCGGUCAAUUCUCUUUCUUUCUUUCCUUCUUUCUUUCUUUCUUUCUUUCUUUCUUUCUUUCUUCGUAUUUAUUCAGUCAUUUUUCUUUUCUUUCUUUCUUUCUUCGUAUUUAUUCAGUCAUUUUUCUUUUCUUUCUUUCUUUCUUUCUUUCUUUCUUUUCAUUUUUCUUUUCUUUCUUUCUUUGUAUUUAUUCAAUCAUUUAUAUUUUCUUUUUCUUUCUUUCUUUCUUUCUUUCUUUCUUUCUUUCUUUCUUUGUAUUUAUUCAGUCAUUUUUUUUUCUUUUUCUUUCUUUCUUUCUUUCUUUCUUUUCUAAUUUAUUCUUAUUCCACCUUCUAUUUCUUCUUUAUCUUUCUUUUUUUUUCUCAUUCGGUUAUUUCUCUUUAUUUCUUUCAUUCUUCUUUCUUUCUUACUUUUUCUUCCUUUCUUUCUUUCUUUCUUUUUUCUUUCUUGUUAUUCAAUGA